AUGGCACGAUUUGUUCGAAGUGUCUCCCAAUAUUUCAACCCGACCAACGACGACUCCGACCAUGGGGGUCCUUCGGUCACGGCGGGGAGAGACCGUUUGCGCAGCGAUUCAAGCCCAGCAUCGGAACGCAAGCGAAAGCGACCACAGCCCAAUCGUCCCUGGACGAUUAUUACAAAGAAACACAAGCACUAUAUAACCACUCCAUGGGGAACGGUUGAAAGAAUACCUAAAAGCGACAUUGAAAGCACAGGAAGCGUGAAAAAAGCUGCAACCCAAGUUCGGGCUAGGAUGGAAGAAUGGUAUAUUGUUACCUCUGGUAGCAGAUUUCCAGAAUCUCCAUUGUCAUCUGCAACACGCCCUGUGGUCUCUGAAAUCACCCCGCCGGAUGUUCGUGUCGAGCCUAUCAGGUCUCCACAAAGGACACAAAUCGAGUUACCAACGUCUCUAACAACAGGCAGAAAGGCUUCCGCUACGAAGCCGCCACAGACGACUCGCACACAAAUGACUACGGCUCCAGAGACGGUAGCCGAGGAGCCGCCUAUGGGACCGGAGACGGUGGCCGGGGAGCAGCCUAAGGGACCAGAGCCGCCCUACGUAAAGCACGACACGGAGAUCAGGGACGAGAUAUGGCUCUUGAUGAACUCCAUCCAAGUCCUAGCCCAGAAAUGGUUCACUGGGGCCAAUAAGACCGUGCCAGAACUCCGUCCGAAUGCUUUCGAACUCGCAUUCACAAGGAUGUGCAACCAGGCUUCGCCCGAGUUCAUCUCAUACGUGGGCCGCAUUGCCGCUGGCGGUCCUAACAAGGAGGAAGGCUGGAAAGAACUAUUCCGUGGCAGCGCUAAUAGACGAGCGCUCGUCUGUGGCCUUAUUGGCAAUGCGCUCGUUGAGCAAGUAUUUGCGCAUACGCUGUUUGGGGUGGGCGACGUAAAUGAAAGACGCGUGAUUGACGACAUACAAGUGAAUCACAAGCACAGCGACGGCUUUGCACGAACCGCGUUAUACGCUAAGAAGAUUCGCGAAAUCUUGCCUAAGAAAGGCGACCUUCCAGACAAUUUCCACAAUCACGCCAUCCACAUCACAGUCCAGCUGUUCAGUCUUAUCGAGCCUAUUUUACCGUUCGCUGGCUAUCAUACAAUUGGAGAACCAACUGAGCUGAAGAAUAAGGAUCAAGAAAGUCAGCUAAUCUCCGAACUCUUCCAAAUCGUCGCCCAUGCCGGCCUCCUCAGCAUCACCAUGCGUUUGGAUGGAAGCGCAGUCUACUACUGGGUCCCAACUCUGAAGGACGACCGCUACGACGACGCCACCAUGGAAUGUUUCAAUCGCGAGUACAUGAUCAAUAACAACCCCCGAAGCAAAGAGGUCCAGGCGACUAUCACAGACGCAGACGAGAGGAACCGCAUGAGUGGCGAUGAGGGCCUUGUCCGUGUCAACUGUAUGAGCGGCUGCACGGUGUACCACAAAGGUGGCUGGGCGGUGAAAAGGAACGAUGUUGACGACGAUGAUGAUGAGCAUGCCUGGAAGGUGCCGGAUAAUCAUGUCAACAAGGGGAUACGAAGCCGGCAGCUGACGCAGAACUGGGUCUUGUGUCGAUGGGGUAGGCCGAGAAAGUGGACUAAUGGGAGGCCGUCUGAUGCGGCGUCGGCGCAUGGAUACAAGGAGGGCUCCAUAACGAAGCCGCUGGAAACUUUUGGAUUCAUUGAGUUCAGUGAGGUGGUGAAACAGGAAAGGGACAAGAGGAGUACAGUGGUGGUGACUGGGACGGAUGCGCGACGUACAAGCACGGGACCCCUAAGAUUUGAAAGCAAACCUAAACCGCGACAACGCACAGGCGGACGAGGCUAAACUGUGCUACACAGCAACGCCUAAGGCUAAGGGGUAGCAGAGGCUAGAGAUGUGUCGGCAGGAUGACGGAGAAGAGAAACCGGUGCGUAGGGUCUGAAAAAUUGGAGGGGUAGCGGGAAUAUUAUCUACAAUCGUCUUUUUUGAUUUCUUUCCAGGGUACUGGUGUUUAUGUAUCCUAGAUGGUGCUUUCGAAAGGUUGAAAAGAUUCUCUUCACUUAGGAUGUCUCCAACAUAUGGUUACGGUGCCGGCAUAAGUUCGUGGACAAUAUUUCGCCGUUGGAACACG